GUGUGUGAUUAUGGUGGCUGUUUAUCUGAUGAACACUCUAUUCUGGGUUUUCAGUUUUGUUUCGGAUUGGUUGAACAAAUAGUGUUUUUCGUAGUCAGAAAAGUGGCUGCUGCAACUGCUCUGUUGAAGAGACACUCUGAUGGUUCACUGCCAAUUGAAGAUCAGAGUGGGAAGAAAGUACAAGUGGGAUUGGAGACUGAUCAGCGGGCAAUCAUGAUCGGCCUGAUGCUUCAUACUAAUGCAAAGCAACUGAUUAAAGCACAAAAUUACCAAGAUGCAUUGGAAGUGCUCAGCAUGGGGGAGGAGGCUUUCUCUCUCUGCGAUCAAAAGGUUAUUGAGCUGGUUAUUGACAACCUUCUAUACAGCAAACCGAUAUGGUUUGGUGUUAUUUCAUGCUUAGAGACAUCAACUGGCUCUCAGUGGCAGGAAUUCGCCUUGAGAAAGCCAGAGAAGGUCUUGAACGAGCAGGAAAGGACUCUUCUCGUGUUUGACUCCUUCAGGCAGGUUGCUAUUUCAGAGUGCACUAUAUUUGAGACUGGAGCCUGCUGGAAGGGUGGUGGGUGGCGUAUCACAAUGGUCAGGUUGAUAAGUCAAUGAAGGUAUUGACUUCUGCACAAGAGAAGUUCACCCAGCUUCAGGUGCUGAAUGAAUCUCUCUCUUGUGAUGAGCAUGGGCUUCAGAGAACAAGAUGCAGAAAGAGCACUGAGGAUGAGCAAUCAAGAUGUUUCCAUCAGCCCUGUAUAGUCAUCAGUCAUCCUAAGAGUUUCUUGACUUUGCAGGUUUGAAAAGGAGCUUGCUGCUGAAGCACUACGAAGAAAUGAGAAUGACAGAGAAACGGCAUUGGAUUUGACAAAUCCAGAGAUCAAUUCUUCCAUACAGGUCACUUGAACAUUUUUGUUUGAACAUUAUUUGAACUUUAUUUAGAGAAUGAACACCAUUAAAUUUAUUUACUUGCAGCAACAUCUUGAAUCAAGGAAAAGUAAACGACAGCGCCAAGCAGUAGAUGCUUCAGUUGAAGCUCUUGUACGCAUGGGCUUUGACAAAUCAUUAGCGGUCGAAGCUUUGUGGGGUGGAGGGACAAUGGACCAAACAAUCUGUCGACUGCUCUUGGGACAGGCACCAAACCCCACAAAUGCUGCUAACCAAUCUGAGGCAAUUCCUGCAGUCAAUGCUAACAACAAUAGCCAAUCUGAUGUCGCAACUGGCAUUGCAAAUUCUCUUGCUUCAAUGCUUGAUAAUAAAAAUCGUCAAGUCGGAGGUCCUUCAACGUCCAGUAAUGCAUCAGAGCGUGAUGCAGAAAUGGAAAGCCAACUUGCUGAAGAACUAGCACAAGGAGAUGCUUUCAGACUAUGACAUUGAAGUUUCUAGAGAAGGUGAAGCCAUAAGUGAGUACUUGGCUCUGCUGAAUUCAGCGGGAACAAAGUGAAUAUCACUCUGCCAAUAACAACCAGGCAUGUACAUAUAUAAUAACAGUAGCUCAUGGAUCUAGUUAUGGUGAUUGUGUUCCAGAUGAUCAAUGUCUUUUUUUGAUCUGGCAUUUUCCCAACUAUUUCAAGACUAAUAUUAGUGCCAUAUAGUUUAUCUAACCUGCCUUCCACCAUUUCUGGAA